UCACUCGUCGACACAGAACAUGUCCAGUCUCGCAGAAAAGUCCUUUAGAAUACAGUCACCAUCACAAGAUAUUAAAUUAUCUCUUCAGGAAAAGGCAGCUCGGCUAUCUCAAAAUUGUGUGUAAAUUAUUAUUGAUAAACAAGUAUUUUUAUGGAUCUAAUAUAAUCUCAUAAACAGACAACUUGAUAUGUUUCUGCCAUUAUGAUGUCUCAGCAGAAUCAAAAUGAUUCCCAUGGCAAUUCUCAGAUGGUGGAAUGACCUGAUUGUAAUAAUUAGGCCAUGUCGGCCUACUGAGUUGCAUUUCUAAAAAGAUCUAGGACACACUUACGAGAUCCAAAGGCAUCUUUCAUAUGACUGUAAAAUCAACUACAUUGUCUAUGAUCAACCGUCCCUAAUAAAAAAAACUUUUGAAAUAGGUUGUACUUCGUGAGUGUGUGUAGUCUCGAUUACAACCCAUUACUUUCACUACGAAACAUCGUUAAUUUAAAGGCAUGUGUUAACAUAAUUAGUUAAAAACGUCUAACUCUCACAUUUCGGACUGCCCUGUAACAGCAGUUCUUUUUAACUACCCACAACAGUCAGUGAGGGAGGUGGAUGCUACGUAUACUUCCUGCAUGCAUACGCCAUCAGCUUUGUACUCUGCGGUGAGGUAGGAAUUGUUGGGAGAAAGGGCGAUUUGUUUAAGUAAAUUAGCCGGCCAAUUCACUGCAUGGACGGACGAAUCGGCCACAAGUACUUUCUAUUAGUAGAAUACGGAUUAAUUAAAAUUAUUUGAGGAACAGAUAAUUUAACGGGGAGCACGACAUGAAUAAUCCCGACGAUGUCAUCCAGAUAACUUUUUUCAUCGUUUCUUGUUCGCUAGCUUGAAGUAGGCUAAGCUAAUUAUCGGAAAAGUUUAAUGUGAUUAGCUAGCUAGCUACCUGCACACCUUCACGAUCAAUCAAAUGAUUCCCUGCUGAUGAGGCAUUUUGCUGCGGAGUCUUUUUCAGUUUUUCACUGGGUGUAAUCGACCGUGGGACUCAAAAUGAAGAAACAGUUCAAUCGGAUGAAACAACUGGCCAACCAAACAGUUGGAAGGGCUGAGAAAACAGAAGUUCUAAGUGAUGACCUUUUACAGAUCGAGCGACGUAUGGAAAUGGUGCGUGUGGUGUCCCACAACAUGCACAAGAGGAUGGUCUCGUGUUUACAGGGGCACAUCGGCACUGACGGCGAAAAGAGACAUAAAAAGCUCCCAUUAUUCGCCCUCUCACAGUCCAUGCAGGAUGGGGGUGGGCAGCUGGGGGAGGAGUCACUCAUAGGGAAAAUGAUGGAGGUCUGUGGGGAUGCUGAGAACCGGUUAGCCUCAGAGCUAAUGCAGCAUGAGGUGCAAAUUGAGAAGGAUAUUUUAGACCCUCUCAGUCAGUUAGCAGAGGUGGACAUUCCCAACAUCCUGAAGCAGAGGAAGCAGUUGGCCAAGCUGGUAUUGGACUACGACUCAGCAAAAGCAAGGUGGUUGCAGGCAACCAAGUCAAUAAUCUCAGGAACAAACACUCAAGCGCUUACAGCCAAGGCUGAUUCACUCAAAGAAGAGGUGGAUGAAGCUAUGAACAAAGUUGAGCAGUGCAAGGACCAACUUGCUGCAGAUAUGUACAACUUCUCUUCAAAGGAGGGAGAUUAUGCGCGAUAUUAUGUGUUGCUAUUAGAAGCACAAGCAGAUUACCACCGCAGAUCACUUACCGUGCUUGAGAGUGUUCUGCCUACCAUCCAAGCACAGCAAGACUCCUGGACUGAGAAGCCAGCCUUUGGAACGGGCUUAGAUGAGCACUUAAAGAGGAGUAACCGAGAAAUCGCCCUACCCAUGGAGGCUUGUGUGAUGAUGCUGCUGGAGACGGGCAUGAAGGAGGAGGGCCUCUUCCGGAUUGCUGCUGGGGCUUCGAAGCUGAAGAAGUUGAAGGCUGCUCUGGACUGUUCCACAUCUCAGCUGGAGGAGUUCUACUCCGAUCCCCACGCUGUUGCUGGUGCUUUGAAGUCCUACCUGAGAGAACUGCCAGAGCCACUAAUGACCUAUCAGCUGUAUGAUGAGUGGAUCCAAGCAUCCAAUGUGUCUGAUCCUGACAAAAGACUGCAAGCACUAUGGGUGGUGUGUGAUCAAUUACCAAAGAACAACAAAGCUAACUUUAGGUACCUGGUAAAGUUUCUUGCGAAGCUGGCUCAAGACAGUGAGAUCAACAAGAUGACCCCUAGCAACAUAGCUAUUGUCCUGGGACCCAAUUUACUGUGGGCCAAAACUGAAGGGAGUCUGGCAGAAAUGGCUGCAGCGACUUCAGUCCAUGUGGUGACCAUCAUUGAACCCAUCAUUCAGCAUGCAGACUGGUUCUUCCCUGAUGAGGUGGACUUCAAUGUAUCAGGGAUGUUUACUAUGCCAACACCGAUUACAAACCACGUCAACCACCUGACCACUCCAGACUACGACUGUGGCACCAUAGAAAGGAAAAGGCCGAGUAGUAUGGUGGGACCAGAUUCAGAUAUUCCUCGCAGAGACAGUGCCGCUAACAAAUUACUGGACCACAUUCCGCGUAGAGGCAAUACUCUAACUAGAAAGCAGCACGCUUCGCCUGCCUUCCAGCCCCCUCUGCCUCCAGUGGAGGUGGCGGGGGCUGCGGUGGGGCAGCCUGCCGCCGAGCUCCAACCCCAACUGCCUGUGCCGGGGGGGCAGGGCUUGGAGGCCUGCCAGCCUAGCUUGGCGCUGGGGAUAGCUGCCCUGGCGGCCGCGCAGCAGCUUCUAGUCCAGCCCUGUGAAGAGAGCAGCUCCAAGUCUAGGGAGUCUGCGUCCACACCCCCACCCCAGAGGAACGGCUCUGCAGGAUCAGGCCAGCUGAACGUGGGGGCCCCUGUGGCGGGAACCACAGGCCCCAGUCCUCAUUUGACACGCAGAGGCACCAAAAAGCCAGCCCCUGCCCCUCCGAAACCAGCCAUCCCCCCUCCAGGUCAACCGGGCCCUCAGCCAGGCCAGCAUCCCGCCCCAGGCACCCCUCAGUCCCUCCCCCACACAGGAAGACCUCUCUCCAGCCACUCUCCCACAGCGCAGACCUCCACUCUAGCGGUCACCCAAGCUGGCACGACACCUCGCCGUCACUCCGGCAACCAGCCACCCAUCCAGGCGCCCAACCACCCACCUCCACAGCCACCCACCACGCAGGGCACUCCUCCGCCUCAGGGCCUGACAGAGCCUGGGGCAGACCCCUCCCCGCCCAGCACUCCAACCCCACCCAACACCCCUCCACCGAUCACAACUCCCCAGGAUGGUGCCGGAACCCCCAUCUUUUCACCGUACCCAACAGGUUCUCUGCCCCGGCAGCGGCCUGUGCCAAGGCCACGGAACCGGCCUAGUGUCCCUCCUCCGCCACAGCCUCCCACCUCAGGGGCAGGCACAGACACCAACGGCAUCUGUGGCUCUGCUUACAAAAUGAUGGAUUCGGGGAUGGCAUUCAAGGGGCUGAGCCGGGUUUACAUCCCUGACCUGUCUGGGGAGCAGCAGCCUCCGGGCUGCCAGCCCAAAGACGGCGAACUCGACUCCGAGAGCACCGUCCUCUAAGAGGGAUCCGCCUUUGUCCCCAACCCUUGGCAUUCCCAGCACCCUACUCCUCUGCCUGGCCCAACGGUUUGGUAACCCACUGCUGCUCCCCCCUCUAGUUACCAAAGUGUAUACCAACCUGCCAGCCUUCAGCUGCCAGCUGCUUUCCUCUUAAGUGCCCAAGCUUUAGACAAUCAAACUCCCAGAGGCCAAGGAGUACUGUGCCAGAGGAGCUUCAAUUCAAACUGAGCAUCUUUACGAUGUAAAGGUGCCAGGUGAUGUUGAUGGAUUACAUGACAGUUAAACAGUGCAACCGUACAUGUUUUGAGAUUUCUUAAGAUAUACGUAAAUCCCACGAGAGUUAUAAAAGCUAGGUGAUGGGUGGACUUUUUGUAGAGAACAUAAGAAAACAAUAUUUGUUUGAGGUAUGAAUGUGUGUAUAUGUUUUGAUGUGUGGGGUUGAGUGUGAGGUUGUGUGUACAUUUGUGAUUGAAGUGCCCUUUGCUGACAUGAGAUGAUUAAAGAGGAACGUUUAGCAGGACAUAGAAGGGAGGUUUGGUUGAAACCCAAAACACCGCUUAAAAAACAAAAAAAUGUAGCUGGUGACUGCAGGUUUCCGGUCCAUUCAUAGACUUAAACUGACCCUUUUUUACUGCUUUUGUAUGAGAACUGUCUCCUAUUUGCUUUAUUUAUUACCCAUCAACACAUUCCUGUGGCGAAAGGUUUUGUCUUUAUUUUUUUUUUUUUAAGAAGCCUUAUCAGUGCCUCCUUACAUAUACAGGGGCUAAUUCUGUUCAUUGGCUACAAUGUGUAUCAAUGCCAAGAUUAAUUUCCUGCCUUUUCUUUCCCCCUGUUUUUAUAUUCAUGGGGCAUUACUGUGACUGGUCAAGUAAACUGAAUGUGGUAUGGCAUACCAAUUGCUCCUCGAUCCAAGUACAAAAAACUCUAAAAUAUGUUACAGUCGCACUUAUAGUCAUGUCAUAAGAGCGGUCUUACGGUUCCUGUGAAGGUCCAGGCAAUAUUAUCAGAAAUUCUGAAAAGACCUAGUAAAGUAAAGUGGUGAAGUUGUACUGAGAAUUUAUGGACCACAGAACUGUCAUCUUUUACUUUUUAUUCAGAACUUUUGCCGUCUUUGAGUAUAAGGUCAUUAUCUUGUAAAGAAGCAUGGAUGGUACCUUUUCAGUGGCAAAACUGUGCUAAGUCAGUGACACCUGAUGUCAAUGUUGUACUUACUUUCCAUUACUUAAAGUUUAAACCAGCUUUUCUGCUACCCUUGCUGCCUUAUGCCUCAACACUAAGGAACCCUUUUUUAAACAAAAGUUUAGAGAAUACACUACACUUAUGAAACAGGAAUUGUUGAUGGUGCAUUUGAAACUCUUAUGUUAAAUAAUACAAGGGACUGGUGAGCUCUGAAAUGAAUCUGGAAAAAAAAAAGACUGCUUGGUAAUACUCAUUUUCAAUAAAAUGUUAAAUGUUAA